CAGUUAGAACAAGUCGAGGAGCAAAACCUCUUUCAGAAAUGCGAGAGCGUAACUUCAAACCCAUCAGACGAGUAUCAAACUCUGGACUAUCUCGGAUUGCUGACCAGCACAGUUCCAAAUCGGUUUCAAAAUUUUUCUGACGGUUCUGGACAGUUAACCAUGAGUCCAGUUGCAUUAAACUCAUCCGAGGCUGGGACAGAAUCAAAUGCUAAUGAGGAAGUAUCUCAUCAGUUAGAUGCAAUUCAUCUGAUGCAUAGGAAUCGUUUCCCAGAUGCUGAAAUGAGGCACAGGAGCCCAAACGCUAGAGUUAAUUCUUACUCACUGGUCUAUUCAACUCCAGCACAUGUGCGCACCCACUCUAUUUCUCAACCGCACGUAAUAAAUGCUCGUUAUAUGGCUUAUUCGGCACAAGCUCCGUUACAGGGGGGAGAUGGGUCAUGCUUGUUACCUGCUGCGCGCAGAGGUAUGAUUUACUCUGCAACCCGAAUGAUGACCAAGAGUGCACAAAACGUGUUUGGAAAACAGUAUGCAACGCUCAAUUCACGUCACCCAUCAUUGUCACACACGUACUACGAUAUUCGUCAACCGGAUCAUGUGAUCGGCGGGCAACUGACGUUGCCAAAGUCAAAGUCGCAACUGAUCACUAGUGGUAAUCCUUCAGCUGAGGUUCCAACAUCAGCCGAUGUACAACUCAGCAAUUUAGCUUUAAACAUUAACUAUGCGAAAAAACUGAACAAAGAAAAAAUUACGCAACUGUUGCCUUGUAUGCAGCCUAGUACUUGUCAAAGCAAAACCACAACCGAUUCGCGGAUAACAGCACAAUGGAAGUGGUCGGCGAAUACGGAACACUUAAAUUGUACCACCAAGCCCAAUUCACCGCCAGCCCCAACUGCGUCACGUCUAUUGACUCCGGCCUAUCAUGAGUCAAGCUUUGUAUAGGAAAGCGGCUCGCUGAAGGAAUAUCGGCAGCGCUGUGUUCUGACAAAACCACAAAAUGUAAAUAAUUGCACAUAUUGUUUCGCAUUCUAGAAAUAUAAAU